UCUCUCUGCCUCUGGUUCUGAUUCUUCGUUUUUUGAAACCUUUUUUUUUCUUUCUUUCUUUCUCGAAAGGUCCUUUUUAAAGAUCUCCCUCAUGGUUAGUAUCCGCUUGGCGUUUGAAUUUGCUUCUUUGGUUGGGAAAUUAACAGGAUGGGAAGGGUAAAAUUGAAGAUAAAGAAGUUAGAGAACACACAAGGACGACAAUCUACAUUUGCUAAAAGGAAAAAUGGGAUCUUGAAAAAGGCUAAUGAGCUAUCAAUUCUUUGUGACAUUGAUAUUGUUCUUCUCAUGUUCGCUCCUACUGGGAAACCUGCGUUAUGUUGCGGUAGGCGAAGUAGCAUGGAAGAGGUGAUUGCUAAGUUUUCUCAAGUACCACCUCAGGAAAGAACAAAAAGGAAGUUCGAGAGUCUUGAAAACUUGAAGAAAACUUUCCAAAAGUUGGAUCACGAUGUAAAUAUACGGGAAUUUAUAGCCUCAAGUAAUUCAACAACAGAGGACUUGAGUACUCAAGUAAGAAUUCUGCAAGCUCGGAUAUCUGAGAUACAUGGAAGAUUAAGUUGUUGGACAGAACCCGAAAAGAUAAACAACGUUGAACACUUGGGACAGCUCGAAAUGUCGAUCAGGCAAUCCCUUGAUCAAUUGCGUGCGCAUAAGGAACAUUUUGGGCAGCAGCAACACGCAAUGCAAAUCGAAAACGCAAACUUUGUCAAAGAUUGGUCAACCUGCUCGAUGCAAGAUGGGAUUCAGAUUCCUUUAGAACAGCAGCUUCAAUCUAUGUCAUGGGUUCUUAAUAGCAACAACACCAACAUUGUCACCGAGGAACAACAUUCAAUCCCGCAGAGGGAAGUCGAGUGCUCCGCGAGUUCAUCAUUUGGGAGCUAUCCAGGCUACUUUGGAACAGGGAAAUCUCCUGAAAUCACGAUUUCGGGUCAAGAAACAAGCUUUCUUGAUGAGUUUACCACCAGCAACGGACAUCUGAAACCGCAAACAAACUCGCAGCAGCAGCAGCAGUUCAUUAAUAGUAACAAUAUCACAUACAAUCCCAAUCUGCAGAAUGAUCUGAAUCAUCACCAAACGUUGCCUCCUCCUCCGGUUUAUAACUUUCCAAUGAACCAGAGAGAGUAUCAUAUGAAUGGAUUCUUUGAAGCACCACCUCCACCUGGAUCUUCUACUUACAACAACAACAUUAACCAAACCAGGUUUGGCUCUAGCAGCAGCUCUUUGCCUUGCUCAGUCUCCAUGUUCGAAGAAUACUUGUUUUCCCAGAUGCAACAACCGAACUGAGAGAGAUUUGAUGAAUGAUGAUAGAAGAACAUCUCAUUGAAGAAGUCACCAAUUUUUUUUCAGAAACAGCAACAGAACAAAAAAAACCUGCAGAUUUCUGAAUUGGUUCACAAGAAGAAGAAAAAACCACUGGUGAAGAAUUCUGGUAGAUUGCAACCACAAAUACAUGAUUAAAUUUUUUAUAUCUUCAAUAGAUGUUUUGUGUUUAUUAUUCUUUAAUUUUUUUUUUCUAUACAUAAAUUUCUCGAUCGGAUGAGAAUUCGGGAUUUUUGAUGAAAAAAGAAAGAGGUUUCCCAAAAAUUUUCCGGCGAUAUAUGUUAGUGUGUGUUGGAGGCUGUCAAAGUAACGCCAUGACGGCCAAAUAUGAGAAAACUCCUCUCUCCUUCCCUUCCUACAAAACUGCUUUGUAUCUAUUUUUUUCUUUUUUUCUCCCCUUUUAUUUUUUUUUCAAUUCAAUGUAAUACAAAC